UGCCGGGGAAAAGAAGAGGAUAUUUAUGCCUUUCUACUCUACUUGCAAAACCCCAUCUCGACCUCGUCAAGUCGCAGCAUCCUGGCCAUCUACAAACGACUUUGAUGCAUCCCCCACGACCUCGCUGGCAGCAUCGACCGUCAUGGCCCCUCCGCUCUGCAUUCCAGCAAACGGCGAACCCCGACCGCCCAAAAAUUAGCCCUGACCACAUCUCAACGGACCGGUCACUCGACUCUCGCCAGUUCAUCAGGCCACUUCCUGCAAAGCAAAGCGAUGCAAUGCAAUGCAACAUACCCCCAAGCUAGAGAUAACGCGAUUCCAAAAUGAUCCUCUUGCUCCGAAACAGCCAGCGCAAAAAGGCCGAGCCAACCUCGGCCUCGCAAGCACGCGCCCAGCAUUCCGGCGCCGAUCCCUGCGGACCCCUGACGAUCAGGACCCAGCGCAGCCAAUGACACUACAAGACCAGAGACUCAGGUGGACACGCCCAGACAUUACUGGAUGCUUGCUUGUUUGAAGCCCCGUCUUGGCCAGCCACUCGCAGUAGCGCUGCGACAUUGCAAUCGCGGCCCUAGACUCAUUCAAGCAGGUGAUAUUCCGGCCAUUGCAUUGUCCGGUGGAAUCUGGAUGGCUGACGAGGGUGAGAUAAUAUGUGGGGAGAUGACAACAAUGGGUUAUGUUAUCAUGCGAUCUGCGUUUUAAAGGGCGAGGCUGCCCCUUGUUCUUGGUUUCGAAGCAUUCUGCGAUUCAGCGCUUCGACCUGCUUCAGUGACAAGACACCUGGUUGUGUCUGUCUGCCUGGUCACCACCAUGCGCUUCCCCCUCUCUCGUGCGACCCUCUCCCUCGCGGGACUGGCUGCCCUCGCUGCAUCAGUCUCCGCAGAGGCGUUUGAGCGGCUGAGCGCUAUCCCCGAUGGCUGGAAAGUUGCUGGCACCCCCGCAGCAACCCAACCGCUGCGCCUCCGCAUCGCCCUCAAACAGCACGACGUCACGGGCUUCGAGCGCGCCCUCCUUGACAUGAGCACACCCGGCCACACAAACUACGGGCGGCAUUUCCGCUCCUACACCGAGAUGAAGGAGCUCCUCCUCCCCAGCAACGACGCCGUCUCCACCGUCGAGGACUGGCUCUCCGCCGCAGGCGUCACAGACUUCGAGACGGACGCCGACUGGGUGAAUUUCCAGACCACAGUCGGCGAAGCGAAUGAGCUGCUUGAUGCGGAUUUCUUGUGGUACACGCAUGCCGAUACAGACCUUGAUGCGGUCGCAAACGCCAACACGCGCGAUGUGCGCAAGGUCUUGCGAACGUUGAGCUACAGUCUGCCCGAGGCCAUCGCCCCGCAUGUCAACAUGGUGCAGCCCACGACGCGGUUUGAUAGCCUGCAGGCGAACCGCGCGACGAUGCGGUCCAGGCCCGCGCUGGAUAUCGAUACCAGUCGGCUGACGACUGCGGUCGCCCAGGGCGACCUGGAGCACUGCAACGACGUGAUCACGCCCAACUGCCUGGCGGACUUGUACAACACCGAGGGGUAUACCGCGGACGCGCGCAGCGGGAGCAGGAUUGGGUUUGCGAGUUUCCUCGAGCAGUACGCGCGCUACGACGAUCUGGCCAGGUUCGAGAGAACGUACGCGCCCGGCGCCGCGGGGCUGAACUUCUCCGUCGUCACCUUCAACGGCGGGCUCAACGACCAGUCCUCGUCCGAAGACAGCGGCGAAGCCAACCUCGACCUGCAGUACAUCGUCGGCGUCAGCCACCCACUCCCCGUCACGGAAUUCUCCACCGGCGGCCGCGGCAAACUCGUCCCGGACCUGUCGCAGCCAGACCCCAACGACAACUCCAACGAGCCGUACCUCGAGUUCCUGCAGGGCGUGCUGAAGCUCGACCAGGAUGCCCUCCCGCAAGUCAUCUCGACGAGCUAUGGCGAAAACGAGCAGACGAUCCCCGAAAGCUAUGCGCGCGCCGUCUGCAAUCUGUACGCGCAGCUCGGGUCCCGCGGGGUGAGUGUGCUCUUUUCAUCGGGGGACAGCGGCGUAGGAUCCUCGUGCGUGACCAACGAUGGGAAGAAUACCACGCACUUCCCGCCCCAGUUCCCGGCGUCGUGUCCGUGGGUGACCUCUGUCGGCGGCACGAAUGGGACGGCGCCCGAGGCCGGCGUGUAUUUCUCCUCGGGGGGGUUCAGCGACCUGUUCCCGCGGCCGAGCUGGCAAAACGCCGCUGUCUCGGGGUACCUCUCGCAGCUCGGGAACGUGCAGAGCGCGUACUUUAACCGGAGUGGCCGCGCCUUCCCGGAUGUCGCCGCCCAGGCCACAAACUACGCCGUCUACGACAAGGGCGUCGUGAAGCUGUACGACGGGACGAGCUGCUCUGCCCCGGCAUUCAGCGGGGUCAUUGCGCUGCUCAACGAUGCGAGACUCAAGGCCGGCCUGCCUGUUUUGGGUUUCUUGAAUCCGUGGCUGUACUCUGCCGGUGUUGCUGGGUUGAAUGAUAUCGUGCAUGGAGGCAGCCUGGGGUGUGACGGGAAUGACCGGUUCAAUGGGCCGCCGAAUGGGAGUCCUGUCAUCCCGUUUGCGAGCUGGAAUGCCACGGCUGGGUGGGAUCCUGUUACGGGGUUGGGGACGCCGGAUUUUGCCAAGUUGAAGGGGAUUGCACUUGCUGCCUGAGGCGGGGUACGUCUAUGAAGUAGAACAGAGGGGAUGAAAUCUUUUUAGACGCUUGGAUAGGUGCAAUGUAGAUCUUGGAGUUUCGUUUCUAGAUAGAACAAUGAUCUUCAUUCGCUGUAUGCUGCAUUUCUCGUCGAUCGUGUAUCAUGUAUCGGAGCUCGUCUCAUACAAGUCUACGCUCAACUCACCAGGUGCGCCAAUACUGCCAUCAUUAGCCAUUCGCCCACAUCGCAGGAUCAAUAUGGCAAGAGAACUCACCGAAGCCCUGUACAACAAGCACCCCCCACCCAAAUCUCCCACUCCAACUCCUCACCGCAGCCCCAUCAUCAUCCACCGAGGGCUGGGCAGGCGCAAUAUAACUCGGCAACCCCGGAUCCUCAACCGGCCCAUCAUCCAGCCCCUCCCCCUCCGUCCCAUUCCGCUCACUCGCAACAAGCGCCGAGACAUUCGCCGUGGAUCCCGAUCCGCCACUGGCACUCGUACUCUCCCUAUGAAUCUCAACCUCAUUCGGAGCAACCAAAAACCCCGCCCUCUCCGCCUCCUGUAUCCCCGCCCACCAAACCGCCGCCAUCGCCCGAUACCCGUCAUCAUCCGGAUGCGUCCCGUCGACGAGAUACUCCGAGCCGACGAAAUAGCUCAUCUCGGCAAGGACCACGCGGUCGCCGGCCGCGCGGCGCCGCGCAGCGACGUUGCGGUAUUCGCCGCUUAUCCGCUGCACGACGCGCUGCGCGUGUGUGUUGGCGAUGAGCGUCGAGAGGAUUAUGGUCGUGUUGGGGAUUGCGGUGAAGAGGUCGCUGAGGAGGGUGUCGAUGCGGGAUCCGGCGCCGCGGAUUGCGCUGUUAUGGAGGGCGUCGUUUGUGCCGGCGCUGUCUGUCUGUUAGCAUCCCAUCUCGGCGUGUAGCUUGUAGGCCUGGAGGUGGAGGGAAACAAGGGGUAGGUCCGCACUUGAUCAAAAUAACAUUCGGCUGCAUACCGACCGAGCGAGCGGCGGCUGCGGCGAUCUGCUCAAUGGUGUCUCCAAAAUGACCUUCGUUUUGCUGCACGGAGAAGAGCUCGUCAGCUUGGCCACAUACAUAUCGAACCAUCCAGACCAUCCGUGGCAUAUCACAUCAUAUGAACCCAUCCACCAAUGGUACAACCGAAUCCCAAUUAGCCGGAUAGAGGUGACGUACAUUAUCCUUCAUCGUCCCAUUCGUCAGACUCCCCACCAUAUCGACCCCCCACCCCGCAUAGCGCAGCUGCUCCCGCAGCGGCUUGCGAUACCCAUUGCCGUCGCUCGACUGGUACCCGACUGUUAUCGAUGCGCCGAGGGGCAUGACGCGCAGUAGAAAAGGUUUAGAGUCGCGGGCCGCGAGGGAGUCGCUAUUCGUGGUUGCGACGGCAUUGCUGUGGCGGGGAGGGAAUAGGCUGUAGGAUGCGGCGCGGGGCGUGAGCAGCGACAGGAGGGUGAAGAGUGUAAGAUAGAGUGCCGAUAGCGAGUGUCGAGCGGGAAUUGAUGUCGACGGCAUCGACGCCGAAGCCGAUCGCCGCAUUACUACCGAACGGUCGUGGUUAGUGCUGGACGGUGACUGUGGGGAGGGAACUUGUCUGGAAUAUAAGCGGCUGCCAGCUACAGUGCUGCCUGCAGGGCACAAAGAAAGGUGAAACCGUCGAGGCAGUGCACCCAAGACUGGCCGGACCCUGACUCGUUUCGGACCCUCUGUGCAACAAUUGGCGAUAUGUCGCGCGAAUGACGUUCGCCCUUGCUGACGGGGAAGUUGGAGAUGGAAGAAAAGAAAGAGGAGCCGAUCUCAAUCUGGACAGGCCGAUGACACCAUUUGUGGCUGCUGUGUUUAUCCCCGAUCGCUCAUCGUUGCCGGGAGACCGCGCUAAGAGUGCAC